UUAUCAAGACAAAAGUGCAAUCAUGAGUGGUGUUUUAUCAUAUUUGGACCCAAGAAGGAUUCCAUGGGGCGCAACAUUGCAUGCGAUUAAUGCAAGGAUUUUACGCACGAAACCUGUGGAGUCAAUGUUGGAGGGGACUGGUGGAACGACUGCACAUGGAACCAAGCUUGCCCGGGUACUUACCACAGUGGAUCUGGUAUCACUCGGAGUGGGAAGCUGUGUUGGAACGGGAAUGUAUGUAGUAUCUGGACUAGUAGCUAAAGAAAUGGCAGGACCUGGAGUUAUUGUUUCCUUUAUUAUUGCAGCGGUGGCGUCAAUUUUGUCUGGUGUAUGUUAUGCUGAAUUUGGAGUACGCGUACCAAAAACAACAGGCUCGGCUUAUACAUACAGUUAUGUCACUGUUGGAGAAUUUGUGGCAUUUUUCAUUGGAUGGAAUUUAAUCUUAGAGUAUCUAAUUGGCACAGCAGCAGGGGCAAGUGCACUAAGCAGUAUGUUUGACUCUUUAGCCAAUCACACCAUCAGUCACUGGAUGAUUGACAGAGUGGGAACAUUAAAUGGAUUGGGCAAAGGAGAAGAAUCCUACCCAGAUCUUCUAGCUCUUGUUAUUGCAGUUAUUGUAACAAUAAUAGUCGCACUUGGCGUGAAGAAUUCUGUGGGAUUUAAUAAUGUGCUGAAUGUAAUUAACAUGGCGGUGUGGGUCUUUAUCAUGAUUGCUGGGCUGUUCUUUGUCAAUGGAAAAAAUUGGUCAGAAGGACAAUUCUUGGCGUAUGGAUGGUCAGGGGUAAUGAAAGGUGCCGCAACUUGUUUUUAUGCCUUUAUUGGGUUUGAUAUCAUCGCAACUACCGGGGAGGGAAGCAAAAAGCCCCAACAAUCCAUUCCCUACGCCAUUACUGCUUCUCUGAUCACGUGCUUAACUGCCUAUGUAUCUGUGAGUGUCAUAUUAACUUUGAUGGUGCCGUACAACAUGAUUGACACAGAAUCCCCACUGAUGGAAAUGUUUGUAGCCCAUGGGUUUUACACUGCUAAAUUCAUUGUUGCAAUUGGAUCAGUAGCAGGCCUCACUGUCAGCCUGUUUGGCUCAUUGUUUCCUAUGCCACGAGUCAUUUAUGCAAUGGCUGGUGAUGGACUUUUGUUCAGGUUUUUAUCCCAUGUCAGUUCCUAUACAGAAACUCCAGUGGUGGCUUGUAUUGUUUCUGGGUUUCUCUCAGCCCUUUUAUCUCUGCUAGUCAGCUUACGAGACCUGAUAGAAAUGAUGUCAAUUGGCACUCUUUUGGCAUAUACUUUAGUGUCAGUUUGUGUCUUACUAUUACGUUACCAGCCAGAGAGUGACAUUGAUGGCUUUGUCAAGUUUCUUUCAGAAGAACAUACCAAAAAGAAAGAAGGUAUCCUUGCUGAAUGUGAGAAAGAAGCCUGUUCUCCUAUGAGUGAUGGAGAAGAAUACAGUGGACCAGCCACUAACACAUGUGGAGCAAAGAAUUUACCCUCUUUGGGAGACAAUGAAAUGCUUAUUGGAAAAUCUGAUAAGUCAAACUACAAUAUAAACCAUCCAAAUUAUGGAACUGUUGACAUGACAUCAGGAAUAGAAGCAGAUGGUUCUGAAAACAUCUAUCUUAUCAAGCUGAAAAAGCUUAUAGGCCCACGAUAUUACACAAUGAGGAUUCGUCUUGGAUUGCCUGGAAAGAUGGAUCGACCAACUGUUGCUACUGGCCGUACAGUCACCAUCUGUAUAAUGCUUCUGUUUAUCCUGAUAUUCAUCUUCUGCUCUUUCAUUAUAUUUGGUGCAGACUAUGUGUAUGACCAGACCUGGUGGGCUAUCCUCUUGGUUGUUUUAAUGGUACUGUUGAUUCUUGCCUUGGUUUUUGUAAUACUACAGCAACCAGAGAACCCCAAAAAAUUGCCUUACAUGGCACCAUGUGUUCCAUUUGUACCAGCUUUUGCAAUGUUGGUGAACAUCUAUCUCAUGCUGAAACUAUCUUCUGUGACAUGGAUACGUUUUGCUGUUUGGUGUUUUGUAGGCUUGCUAAUUUAUUUUGGUUAUGGGAUGUGGAAUAGCACCUUAGAAGUCAGUGCAAGAGAGGAGGUGCUCCAUCAGAGCACAUAUCAGCGAUAUGAUGUAGAUGAUACCUUCUCCGUAGAUGAUGAUGGCUUUUACAAUGCUCCUGAACAAGACUCCAUCCAGAACAUCCAAGGUCAAUACUAUCAACAAGCUUCAGAAUAUCAGAACAGCAACCGGACAAACAACAGGUCAAAAAGUAAAGGAAAGCAUAAACUGGACUCAGAUGCAUUGAUUAACAAUGAUGAGCUAGACUACUGUGAAGAAUAA